AUGAUUAAAUAUUGCUCUAGACUUAUGAGAAUUUGUUACAGAAUACCUAUUUAUAGGUUUUGUAAUGAAAAGUUUUAAAUAUCAGAGGAAGACAUUGAAAAAUUAAAGCAAUUAUAUUAAAAGAAGGAAAAUUUUGAAUAGUUCUUAUAAUAAAAAGAGUGUAAUAUUUUUAUAACAAAAUAAUAGAAAUUUUGGAAAAUGUAUUUAAAGAAAGAGAAUAAUUGAUUUCAUUUAAAUUGAUGUAAAUGAGUGAUGUAGAUGAAGUUUUUGAGUUUUAUUCAAAAGAAAUAGCAAAAUAAUUAGAUGAAAAAAAUCCUUAACCUCCAUUUAAUUGUAAUGAAUUGAGUUUAUUUCUCUAUUUUACAAGUUGUCUAAGAAAUGAAGAUUAUGCUGAUUAAAUGAAAAAUCAUUCAGAUAGAUUUUAACAAAUUACAUCUAAAAUCUUAUUGGAAAUUAACAAAUUAGAUCCAGAAUAAUUUUGUGCCUUUGUUUGGGCUUUGUCUACAUAUUAAAUUGAAAUGGGAGAUUUAAAUUUAAAUGACUCUAAACAAUUCAUUAUUAAAUAAUAAGCUGAAAUAAUUUUAGAAAAGAUACCACCUGAAACAUUACCAUCAUUAGCAUUCUCAUUAUAUCAUAUUCUAAAAGAUAAAAAUGAUUUAAUAUUGAGGAUUUCAAAAUUAACUUAAUAAAAUAUUACUAUUUAAACACCUAGUAAUUUGAUUACUUUAAUAAAAAGUUUACCUAUUGGAUCAUUUACUAAUUCAAAAGUGAUUUUUGAAUAAUUAUCUGAUUAAUUUUAAUAAGAUUUAUUGAGUUAAGAUUAAUUUGUAAAUGUAUUAGUAGAAUUAUUAAGAAUAACAAAUCAUGAAAAUACAGAAUAUGUAAAAGAAAUGGUAGAUUUACUUACAUAAAAGAUUGAAUCAACACAAAAACAUAAUUUAAAUAUAUCUAUGUAAAAAGUGAUUGAUUUAAUACUCUCUUGUUUAGAAUUAGAAUAAUAAGAAGGAGAAUAAUUAGUUAAAUAGAUGUUAAGAAUUUGUCAUGCAAAAAGUGAAAAAUUGAAUAUUUCAGAAUAUAUUUAAUUGUUUUUGGCUGUAGCUAAAAUAAAAAAUAAAAAUUAUGAAUCUAUUAAUUUGGAAAAAACAAUAAAAAUAUUAAUUGAAUUAGCACAUAGAUCUCAAGUUUUUACAUUAAAUGAUUUUGAAUGUAAAUAUAUCUCAAUAAACUUAAAUAGAAAAAGAAUUAGUUUAAGUUAUAGUUGCAUCAGCAGCUAUUAGAAUAGAUAAUAAAGACUUUAUAAGAAAUAUUAUAACAAAAAUAGAUCCAUUAUUAUUACAUAAAUAAGAUUUGUUAUUAUUAGCCAAGUCUUUUGUUAUUUAUGUUCGAUUAUUUGAAGUUGAAUUAUUAAAAAUACAUUCAAUUUGUGCAAAAAAAAAAUAUGAGUUUAGUGUCUUAGAAUAAGCUUAAUUAACUCAAACAUUUAACAGGAUUAAAGUAUUAAUACCAGAUUCACCUUUCUUAUAAUGA